GGGGAGAGUUGGAAAGACGCAGGAGAGAAGCAGGAGGCAGGAGGCAGCAGGGAGGGAGCAAUGGGAGCGGGAAGCCGGCAGGUUCCCUCGCAAAUCCCCCUCCGGCCCCACGUCGCCUCGCCGGCCCCGGCAGGGGAGCGAGGAUCCGGGCAAGCAGAUGGAGGAGUGGAGCUCGCUCUAGGCAGCGGGCUUGGCCGGAGAAUGGAGGAGCCGCCAAGCGAUCGGCUGAUUGGAAGAGAAACGCAGAGCGAUGGAGGCGGGGGUAGGAGGACGAUUUCUCUGCGGGGACUGGCGGCGGCGUAUACGCCCGGGUCGGGCGCUGCAGAGCUUGGCUAGCUUUCAACCCGCGCUCGCCGGCUACAGCCCCGCGCGCCCCCACCCCUAGCCCUCCCGGCGGCUCCGCAGGUGAGGUGGCUUUGACCCCGGCCUGCCUGGCCAGCACGACCCGAGGAGGUGGCUGGACGGCUGGAGAAUGAACGGAGAAGCCGACUGCCCCACAGACCUGGAAAUGGCCGCCCCCAAAGGCCAAGACCGCUGGUCCCAGGAAGACAUGCUGACUUUGCUGGAAUGCAUGAAGAACAACCUUCCAUCCAAUGACAGCUCCAAGUUCAAAACCACUGAGUCGCAUAUGGACUGGGAAAAAGUAGCCUUUAAAGACUUUUCGGGAGACAUGUGCAAGCUCAAAUGGGUGGAGAUCUCUAACGAGGUGAGGAAGUUCCGAACGUUGACAGAGUUGAUCCUCGAUGCUCAGGAACAUGUUAAAAAUCCCUACAAAGGCAAAAAACUCAAGAAACAUCCGGACUUUCCAAAGAAGCCCCUGACCCCUUAUUUCCGCUUCUUCAUGGAGAAGCGGGCCAAGUACGCAAAACUCCACCCUGAGAUGAGCAACCUGGACCUGACCAAGAUUCUGUCCAAGAAAUACAAGGAGCUGCCCGAGAAGAAGAAGAUGAAGUAUAUUCAGGACUUCCAGAGAGAGAAACAGGAGUUUGAGCGAAACCUCGCCCGAUUCAGGGAGGAUCACCCCGACCUAAUCCAGAACGCCAAGAAGUCGGACAUCCCCGAGAAGCCCAAAACCCCCCAGCAGCUGUGGUACACCCACGAGAAGAAGGUGUAUCUUAAAGUGCGGCCAGAUGAGAUCAUGCGUGACUAUAUCCAGAAGCACCCCGAGCUGAACAUCAGCGAGGAGGGCAUCACCAAGUCCACCCUCACCAAGGCCGAACGCCAGCUCAAGGACAAGUUUGAUGGGCGACCCACCAAGCCACCUCCGAACAGCUACUCGCUGUACUGCGCAGAGCUGAUGGCCAACAUGAAGGACGUGCCCAGCACAGAGCGCAUGGUGCUAUGCAGCCAGCAGUGGAAGCUGCUGUCCCAGAAGGAGAAGGACGCCUACCACAAGAAGUGCGACCAGAAAAAGAAAGAUUACGAGGUGGAACUGCUCCGUUUCCUAGAGAGCCUGCCGGAGGAGGAGCAGCAGCGGGUCCUGGGGGAGGAGAAGAUGCUGAACAUCAACAAGAAGCAGGCCACCAGCCCAGCCUCCAAGAAGCCCUCCCAGGAAGCGGGCAAGGGCGGCUCAGAGAAGCCCAAAAGGCCCGUGUCCGCCAUGUUCAUCUUCUCGGAAGAGAAGCGGCGGCAGCUGCAGGAGGAGAGGCCCGAGCUCUCAGAGAGCGAGCUGACCCGCCUGCUGGCCCGCAUGUGGAACGACCUGUCCGAGAAGAAAAAGGCCAAGUACAAGGCCCGGGAGGCGGCGCUGAAAGCCCAGUCGGAAAGGAAGCCGGGCGCCGAUCGCGAGGACCGGGGCAAGCUGCCCGAGUCGCCCAAGAGAGCCGAGGAGAUCUGGCAGCAGAGCGUCAUUGGCGACUACCUGGCCCGCUUCAAGAAUGACCGGGUGAAGGCCUUAAAAGCCAUGGAGAUGACUUGGAACAACAUGGAAAAGAAGGAGAAACUGAUGUGGAUUAAGAAGGCCGCUGAAGACCAAAAGCGAUACGAGAGAGAGCUGAGUGAGAUGCGGGCACCCCCGGCUGCUGCCAACUCAUCCAAGAAGAUGAAGUUCCAGGGAGAACCCAAGAAGCCUCCCAUGAACGGUUACCAGAAGUUCUCCCAGGAGCUACUGUCCAACGGGGAGCUGAACCACCUGCCACUGAAGGAGCGCAUGGUGGAGAUUGGCAGCCGCUGGCAGCGCAUCUCCCAGAGCCAGAAGGAACACUACAAAAAGCUGGCCGAGGAGCAGCAGAAGCAGUACAAAGUACACCUGGACCUCUGGGUCAAGAGCCUGUCUCCUCAGGACCGUGCAGCAUAUAAAGAGUACAUCUCCAGCAAACGUAAGAGCAUGACCAAGCUUCGAGGCCCGAACCCCAAGUCCAGCCGGACUACCCUGCAGUCUAAGUCGGAGUCUGAGGAGGACGAUGAAGAGGAUGAGGAGGACGAGGACGAGGACGAGGAGGAGGAAGAUGACGAGAACGGGGACUCCUCCGAGGAUGGCGGCGACUCCUCCGAGUCCAGCAGCGAGGACGAGAGCGAGGACGGGGAUGAGAACGAGGAUGAGGAUGAGGACGAGGACGACGACGAGGAUGACGACGAGGACGAGGACAACGAAUCCGAGGGCAGCAGCUCCAGCUCGUCCUCCUCGGGGGACUCCUCGGACUCUGACUCCAACUGAGGCUCAGCCCCACGCGGGGCGCCCCUCCUCGACUGACCACCUUUGUUUCUCUCCCAUGUUCUGUCCCCUGCCCCCUGGCCUCCCCCACUUUCUUUCUUUCUUUUUCUUUUUUCUUUUUUUUUAAAAAAAAAAACAAAAUACAGUGGGGAGAGGCACUGGAGGCGCCCAGGCUAGAACUCUGCGGCCUUAGAGCCAUCAGCCCUGGAGGGCCCUCCAGGGAGCGCAACCACCAGACUGAGCCACCACUGGACCGGCCCAGCCCACCCCUCUUUUGCACUCGCAGUUCCGGCAUGGACAAUGGACCUGGGAGUGGGAUCGGGGGUGGGUCCCAAAGAGUUCUCUGAGGCCCUCUACACCUGCAGCCCAACCCCUGGGAGGGUGGAAGCUUGGGGAAGGCCCCUUUGUUUCCAGAGGGGCUGCAGCCUGGACCCCUACAUUGGAACUGGAGGCAGGGGACAUGGGAGAGGAGGGCGGGUGCCUAUGGGGAAAUAGGCACGGCCCCCCAGCCCUCUCCCCUGCCCCCUGCAGGAAGGAGCUGCCUGGACCCACUCACGAGGGGAGGGGGCAGAAGUGUUUUUUAUAUAUGUGUAUAUAUUUUUUUUUUUAAGCUCUGAGCUGUCAACGAGACGUUUCCUACCGAUCUCGGCUGCCGUCUCUGUUGUCAUUUCUGGGAGAGGGAGGGGGUAGGGGUUAGGUUUGGGACUUUUUUAAAACGGUCUUGAUGCGUGUGGAAAAAUGCGUGUGUGUGCGUGUGUGUGUGCGUGGCCUGUACAUAGCAUGGGUGCACCUGUGGAUGUGUGCAAAGGCACAUGUGUAUUUGUGUGUGUAAGAGAGGAGGAGGAGCCCACCUCAAGUCUGUGAAUCUGGUGAAAGUGUUGGUGCGGGCCGGGGUGACAUUGAUCCUGAUGGGGACAGGCUGGGUGGCCCCUUUCUCCAUAUCUUCUGCUUUGCCGAAUCUCGGAUUCAGUUUUGCGGGGUGACCGAAGCUCCUCUGAUGCUUCUCAUACUGGUUUCCCUCUGAGCUACUGCUGGUCUCCAAUAUCCAGCAGGAUGGCGGAGAGGGGAACAGACCAGGUAGAACCUUAAAGCUUUGAUUUGGUGGGAAAGGCCUCUGCAGCUCAUCUGAGAGGCCUCCCGGCCACCCUGGGCUCCGAGAAAUGUGUUGGAAGCUUGUAACUUACACGUCGCUCCUGCCUUUCCGCCACAUCCUCCAGCUCCCCCACCCCCAUUUCCUUUGAUUUCUCAGGUCUGCCCACCUCCCCAAACCCACGGCUGGGGAAGAGGUCUGCACAAGCUGUUUUUGCAGCUGUCCUAACCCUUCCCAGCCAUCCCCCCAAUUUUGGUACCCCGAUUCCUAAACUCUUAAUAAGCCAAGCCACCUUGUCUCUGGGUUUAAAUUUGGGGGGGUUGUUUUUAUUAAAUUUUGACUUUUUUUUUUUUAAACAAUCACAUCGUUGACCUAUCUAAUCGGGGCUUUGUGCUUUUCCACCUUCCCCUCUGAAUGAAAGCCAAGGGAUGGGGAAGAGUGGGAGCUCCGCCCAGGAGGCGGGCUGGGAAAGGUGGGUCCUGCUCCCAAAGGCAGGCGGUCCGCUUUGCCUUGGACUUGGUGCUGGGAGUGGGGGGAGCUAGGGAGGGACACUUCCCACUCCCACUCCCCUUCCUUUGUCCUGAUCCUGGAAUUAGGUACAAGGGUUCAUAGGUUCUAUUUCUUCCGGAGAGCCCCUGCAGAGAACCCUGUUUCCCUGUUUGAAUGCUCCUGCGCUGUUGUGUUUUAGUGAAACAUGUCUUCACUUAAAACCAACUUCGAGCGGGGCACUGUUUCUUUCCCCCCGUUUUGAAAGUUGAAAAAUUCUUACAGUACAAACAGGGCUGUGGGGGGUUAGGGUGUUGGUGCUGUGAGAGGUCACUCUGAGUGCAUUUUGGCACUGGGAUGGGAUGGCUGGGGUGGGAGGACCCCGCUCCCCCCCCUUUUUUCUAAUAUUUAAGGAGUGUUUUUGUAGGUUUCAACAACAACCACAACUUGAAUUUGUAACAUGGGAGGUGGGAGGGAAUGGCUUAGAGGUGUCCGCCUAAGCUUAAGGCCAACUGUGGAAGUUUUGUUUUCCCUUUUUUUGUACAAUAAA